GCGUCCAUCGCUGCCGUGGGAUAAGAGGAAGAAGGAAGAGAGGGGCGAUCUUUUCGGGGUUUGGCGGUAGUGACAAUGCCAGUGCCUCGCGGGCCAGUUGGAGUCGAGGGCGACGACGGGAUCGAGAAGUGAGAGAGGACGAGCUGUGCGCCAGACAGCCCUGGCCCCGGCCGAUCGCGUAGUGUCUAGUGCGACGAGAUGACGGGUGCGCGGAUGAGACCCGCGCUCGUCGUGGGCCUCCUCCUGAGCUUUCUAGCCGUUGCUUUACGAGGAGUGCAGUGCGAAGACGAGCUGGUACCAUCCGAGGACCAAUGUCGACCAUACAUCGAAAAAGCGCUUAAGGAUCUCGGCACAGGAUCUUUGGAGCAGACCAGUGCAGAGGUCGGAAUCGAGAUCGACCAAGAGAGUCAUGAGGAAACGUCACCUGCGAGCGAGGAAACUGGCGAGGCAGCAGACGAUGCUUCGAAAGAAGAGGUUAAAGAUGAGGGAUCGGUAGAGGAAAGCGCGGAAGCGACCGCCGACGAGAGUAAGGAAAUAACCGAAGAUCAAGCUGAUGAUAGCGAAGAAAAAGCGCAGGAGAUAUCCGAGAAAGAAGAAGAAAGCGAUAAAGCCGUGAUUGAUGAAAGUGCUGAAAUUAGCACUCUUCAAGAAGAAGAAGCAGAGAAGGCUGAAGGGGCGUCCGCUGAAGACGAUGGAGAACAAACCGACUCUUCCGAAAAAGUGAUCGAAGAGGCGAAAACUGAUGAAGACGAAGAUAAAUCCGACGAAGAAACAAAAGUAGAUGACGAAAAAUCCGAGGAGGAGAAAGUAGACGACGAUGCGAAGUCCGAAGAGAAAAAGGAAACCGAUGAAUCGAAAGCUGAAGACGAGGAACAAGGGGAAUCCAAAGAAGCCACUGAAGAAGUAGGAGAUGAGUCUAAAGAAGAGGUGGAAACUCAGCAAGCAUCCGCGGAAGCUAGCGUUGAGGAAGAAGCUGACAGUAAAGCCGAAGAGGGCGCCGAAUCGACCGAAGAUCAGACGGUGAGCGCGGAGGAUGAGAAAGAUGACACUGAGGAAAGCACUGAAGCUAAAGGUGAAGAAAAAGAAAGCGCAGAAGAUGCAGAGACAGUAAAUUCCGAAGAUGUAGAAGACGAAACAAAGUCGGAGGAAGAAGUGGGGGCAAAAUCUGCUGAAGAUGAAGAAGAUGGAACAGCGGCAUCUGCGGAAGAGAAAUCAAAGGAGGAAGAAACAAAAUCCGAGGAAGAGGAUACGAAAACUGAAGAGAAGAACGAAAAAUCGGAGGAAGAAGACGCGAAGUCAGAGGAGAAAGAAAGUGAAGAUGUAAAAUCACGCGGCAAACGAGAAAUCGGUGAAAAAAGCGCUGAAGAUAGUGAAUCUGCGGAAGAAGCUGCCAGUGAGGAAGAACAGGAAUCUACUCCAGAGGAGGACCUAAUUCAAGAAAUCGAAAUUCCGGAGAAUCUUCGACCCAGAGAUCAUAUUAAUCAGUUGCUGAAAUUGGAUGAAGAAAAUGAGGAAAAAGAGCGAGCUAUACAAAGAGAGGCUGACAUUAUUCUUAGGGAUUUGAAGAGGCUCUAUGACAACGCUAUAAAACCGUUAGAAACCAUGUACAAGUACAGAGACUUAAGCAACAGGCAUUUCGGAGAUCCCGAGAUAUUUUCCAAGCCACUAGUACUAUUUAUGGGACCGUGGAGCGGCGGAAAAUCGUCCAUCAUUAAUUAUCUGCUCGACAUCGAGUACAAGUCAAUGUCAUUGAGGACAGGUGGUUUGAGAGAGUGCUUAGAAGAGCAUUGCAAAUCGCCAAAUGGAAAAAAUGACACAGGAGCCGAGCCAUCACCGGCGUACUUCAACAUAAUAAUGCACGGCGAGAAGGAGGAGGUUCUUGAUGGCACUCAGUUGGCUGCCGAUUGGACUUUUUCGGGACUGCAGAAAUUCGGACAGGGACUCCUGGAUCGACUCAGAGGCCUGCGACUUAAUAAUAAGUUGCUAGAAAAAGUAAACAUCGUCGAGAUUCCGGGUAUCUUGGAAAUUCGAAAGCAAGUUCAGCGCUUAUUUCCCUUCAAUGACGCGUGCCAGUGGUUCAUCGAUCGAGCAGACAUAAUAUUUUUGGUUUACGAUCCCGCCAAGUUGGACGUCGGUCCCGAAACCGAGGCGAUUCUUGACCAAUUAAAGGGAAGAGAGUAUCAGACCCGCAUUAUCCUCAACAAAGCCGAUCAGGUAAAGCCCGAGGAACUCAUGAGGGUGCAGGGCGCCCUAAUCUGGAAUAUAUCGCCGCUCAUGUCAAGCGCGGAGCCGCCAAUAAUGUACUCCACGUCGUUAUGGUCGUUACCUUACGAGGCUGGUGCACCCAUCAGGUUGCUGUACGCUCAAGAACGCGCAUUCCUUCGCGACCUACGUUCCGCAAUAAACAAGAGGGUCGAGCACAAGAUAGCGAGCGCCAGAAGAUUCGCGGUACGAGUGCGCAAUCACGCUAAGAUGGUGGAUUGCUACCUGACGACGUAUUACAAUCACAAAACGUUCUUCGGCAACAAGCGGGAGAUCAGCGACAAGAUUAUCGAGAAUCCGCAGGACUACCAUAUCUACGAGGGCCUCAGCACGCUCACCAACAUAUCGCGCUACGAUCUACCUGAUCCGGAUGUCUACCGUGACUUCUUCCGGUUAAAUUCGCUCUACGACUUCCCGCUGCUGAGUUCCACAUGCACGUACUUCCGUGGCUGUCCGAUCAACAGGCUCGACGUCGCCAUCGCCUACGAUCUACCCGAGCUGGUGGGCAACUACAAGAAGUCAGUGGAGGCGGUGUUGCACGAGAGCGAGAGCAACAGUCCGCCGAGUUGAGUUGCGCGUUCGCGUCCGCAGAACGGAGUAUCUUUGAUACCAUGUGAAAUACGGAUUGGCGACAAAACAACGUUUAGACCUCCGCUAUAGAUAUCGCGAAGAAACUACUCAGCCUGUAUGCCUUGGUAGCUUAAAAGAGACGCUCGACGACGACGGUGAACGAGCUGAAAAAAGCCCGAUAUUUGAGAUGGUACCAAGGAUCUUCUUCUUGAAACGCACACAGGCAGUUAGAUCGCAGCUAUCUUCGCGAGUUGUAUUCGAGGUGCUCCAAUGAUAAGAGGUCGGAGUUCGCAAAAGAAGUGCUGCAGUUCGCGAAAAGCAGCGGAAGGGCAUGAAGGUCUCGAAGCGUGAAAAUCGGAAGGGGGAGGGGGUGGGGGGAGUAUCAUCAUUUGAGCAAGCGAGUAAUGCCAUGUAAUUUCUAGAUCCGAAUAGUUUAGCCUCGUCCCUCACGAUAUGACACAAUGUGAAAAAAAAAAAAAA